AUGGAAGCCCAACAAAGCCACAAGCCCCAUAGAGGGAGCUCUAAAAAGACUUCUGCAAAAUCAAAAUUGCAUUCACAAGGGCAAAAUGCGAAGGCGUUUGCGGUCUCUAGACCAGGAAAGUUACAAAAACAAGCAAAGAGAUCGAGUGAUAUUAAUGAAAGAAAACUUCACGUGCCUAUGGUGGAUAGGUCUCCAGAAGACGAUCCUCCGCCUAUUAUAGUUGCAGUGGUGGGCCCUCCGGGAACCGGAAAGACAACUUUAAUCAGAUCACUCAUCAGAAGGCUAACGAAAACCACUUUGAAGGAUAUAAAAGGGCCUAUAACUGUUGUGAGUGGCAAAAGAAGAAGACUAACCUUUAUCGAAUGUGGUAAUGAUCUGAACUCUAUGAUAGACAUAGCCAAAGUUGCCGACCUCGUUCUUUUGAUGAUUGAUGGAAAUUUCGGUUUUGAAAUGGAAACGAUGGAAUUUCUGAAUAUUGCACAACACCACGGUAUGCCAAAAGUGUUAGGAAUUACCACUCAUCUGGAUCUUUUCAAGAAGCCUGCCACUCUGAGAGCGUCGAAAAAGAGGCUUAAACAACGGUUCUGGACAGAAGUUUACCAAGGAGCUAAAUUAUUUUAUUUAUCGGGAGUUAUAAAUGGUCGUUACCCAGAUAGAGAAAUACUCAAUCUGACCCGUUUCAUAUCAGUCAUGAAAUUUAGGCCUUUGAAAUGGAGGAAUGAACAUCCAUAUCUCCUUGCUGAUAGGAUUGUCGAUCUUACCCAUCCUUCUUUAAUUGAGAAAAGACCGAAAAUCGAUCGGAAGAUCGCAAUCUAUGGUUAUUUGCAUGGGACCCCGCUCAAGGCUGAAAACCUGAGAGUUCAUAUAGCAGGUAUUGGGGACUACAAUGUCUCACACAUUGAAAAACUCCCUGAUCCUUGUCCGACUCCAUAUUUUGAACAAAAGAUUGAGGAGCUCGAGAGAGAAAGAGCAAAGGAAGCAGAAAAGAAUGGCGAGAAGCAUACUUCAUCUUUUAGGCGCAGAAAGAGAUUAGAUGACAAACAGAAGAUCAUAUAUGGGCCCAUGUCGGAUGUGCAGGGUGUUCUGAUCGACAAAGACGCUGUUUAUAUUGAUGUCAAGACGGAAUCUUUUCGAGAGGGAGAAGAAGAAGGGAUAGGAGAAAAAAUGGUCACGAGCUUGCAGAAAGCUGGAGAUAUUUUAGACUCUAGGAACAGCACAACUGGAGUGCAGCUUUUUAGUGACAAUCCAGAAGCUGUUACCGAGGAUGUCAUUCAGGAUGAUGAUGAUGACAUUAUUCUCAAUGACACCGGGAGAACUAGUCUGCGACACGCUCGCGUCCACAAUGAGGACGAAAGGGACGAUACCAUCAUGGAGAAUCCUAGUGAUCAGAUUUCUAGCGAUGAAGAAGACGAAGAUUACGAGGAAAUCGAGGAAUCUGAAAGAUUAGCUGCAAUUCGAAACAAAACAUUAGAUUAUUUGCAUUCAUCACAGGACCUGGAUGAAGAUGACAAUCCACAAGAAUCAGAUUCUGAGCUUGAAUUAUCUGACGAAGAGGUCUCUGAGGGUAAGGCUUACUGGCAAAAAAUCGGCUCCAAGCUCGAAAGCUCGGGAGUGAAAAGAAUUUGGGAUAUCAACAAAUUAUUAUACAUGAUCAAUAUCAACCCAAAAGAUGUACUUUCUCGCUGGAGGAAAGAAGAAGAGGGCCUCGCUGAAGUGCUUGGUGGGUCUGAAAUUCAAGAAAUCGAGCUUGAACAUUUGAGCGAAGAAGAGCAAGAGGGUGAGGAUGAAGACUUUUUCACAAAAAAGACCAGCUCACAAGGAUUCGAAAGCAAGGUCAGCUCAAACCUAGAGAGUUUAGAUACCCAGUCAUUGCAGAAGAAAUGGGGCGAAGAUGGGACCCUGUUGGCCAAAUUGAGAGAGCGCUUUUUCACUUCACCUCGGAAAGAUUUGGACGAAUCGGAAGAUGGCGAACUAUACGGUGACUUUGAAGAUUUGGAAGAUGAAUCAAAUUCGGGUGAAGCUUCAGGGAACGAGUCAGAGGAAUUCACUGGAUUUGAUAGUGAGACUUCGUUAACAGAUGGAGAGGCCGGUUCAGAGGGUCAAAAAGACGAGGCAGAUCAAGAAUUAUCAGUCGAUGAGAAACGUGCUUUGAAUGCGAAGAAGAAGGAGAGAUUAAAGCAGCAAUUCGAGGAAGAAGAAGAAGGGAACUUCAAUAGCAAGGAGGAGGUUUUCGAUGAAAAUGAUACCUGGUACGAAUAUCAAAAAGCCAAGAUGUCGAAGCAGCUUGAAAUCAAUAAGUCCGAGCUUUCUCAAUUAACCAGUGAAGUGCGUACAAAGAUUGAAGGUUUCAAGGCCGGAUCUUACGUGAAGAUCACGUUUGACAACCUGCCGAUGGAGCUUAUGGAAAAUUUUGAUCCAAAGUUUCCAUUGAUUGUGGGAGGCUUACUGCAGACAGAGCAAAGAUUCGGGUUCUUGAAUGUUAGAAUCAGAAGACAUCGGUGGCACAAGAAAGUAUUGAAAACAAAUGAUCCGCUAAUUUUGUCAUUGGGAUGGAGAAGGUUUCAGACACUUCCAAUUUAUACAACUUCAGAUUCUCGAACAAGAAACCGAAUGCUGAAGUAUACUCCAGAACAUGCUUUCUGCUUUGCUACAUUUUAUGGUCCGCUGAUUUCACCCAACACCACUUUUUGCGGUGUACAGGGUGUCUCGAAAGAAAAUACAACAGGGUCUUUCAGAAUCGCAGCUACUGGAGUUGUCGAAGACUUGAAUGCCGAUGUUGAGAUUGUCAAAAAGCUCAAGCUCAUUGGUCACCCAUACAAGGUGUUCAAAAACACAGCUUUCAUAAAGGAUAUGUUUUCCUCUGCUCUGGAGGUGGCAAAAUUCGAGGGCGCUACUAUCCGGACAGUCUCUGGUCUCAGAGGUGAAAUCAAGAAGGCACUCUCCAAACCUGAGGGACACUUUAGGGCUGCAUUUGAAGAUAAAAUUUUGAUGAGUGACAUUGUUUUCCUCAAGAGUUGGUAUCCCAUCAAGCCAAAGAAGUUUUAUAACCCAGUCACUUCCCUGCUGCUGACAGAUAAGGAAAACUGGAGUGGAAUGAAGUUGACCGGUACACUGAGAGCCGAAAAUAACAUACUAACUCCCUCGAACCCAGAUUCCGAGUAUCACAAGAUUGAACGGAAGGAAAGGAAAUUCAACGCACUCCAGGUUCCAAGACAAAUCAAGGCCAAUUUACCGUACAAGUCUCAAAUUCAUCAAAUGAAGAAACAAAAGAAACAAGGCUAUAUGCAAAAGAGAGCCGUCGUUCUCGGAGGAGAAGAGAAAAAGGCCAGAAGUUUGAUCCAAACAAUCCAGACAGUCAAGAAAGAUAAAGAUAUUAAGAAGAGGGAGAAAAAACAAGAAAAGAAUAACGAGAGGCUCAAGAAAAUGGCCAAGCUGGAGGCAACUCGGAUUGAAAAGGAAAAAGAAAGGAAGAAGGAGUUUUUCUCUAAGGAAGGUAAGAAAAGGAAGAUUGGCAUCAGUAAAUCAUCAGGCGAAGCGUUUGGGAACAAAAGACGUGCCUGA